AUGGUCAUCUCCAGGUUUACCUGGCUGGGCCAGCAUUCGUGUGGCCAGCACUCAUAUGGUGGACAUCCAUACCAGAUGCUUUUCGAGGUGGGUAAUGACGUGCCCUCUGCAGGCCCAGGCUGCAAGCCCAGUCCAUCCCCACAGCAUAAAGUGGAGUCAAGAGGGUUUAGAAUCAAGGUUCCGUAUGGAAAUCACAACGGCAAUCGAGAUAAAGCUCGGUACGAUCGGGAGAUGAAAAACUACGUUCCUCCCAAAGGCGAUAAGAAAGGAAAGAAAAAGGAUCCGAAUGCUCCCAAAAGACCGCCAUCUGCAUUCUUCCUCUUCUGUGCUGAACAUCGUCCAAAGAUCAAAAGUGAACACCCAGGCCUUUCUAUUGGAGAUACUGCUAAGAAAUUGGGGGAACUGUGGUCUGAACAGUCGGCCAAAGACAAACUACCUUAUGAGCAGAAAGUUGCUAAACUAAAGGAGAAAUAUGAGAAGGAUAUUGCAGCAUAUCGUGCCAAGGGCAAGGGAGAUGUAGGAAAGAAGGGCCCUGGCAGGCCAACAGGAUCUAAGAAGAAGAAUGAACCUGAUGAGGAGGAGGAAGAUGAAGAUGAGGAAGAUGAGGAUGAGGAGGAGGAUGAUGAAGAGUAAAUGAAUAUCCUGCUGUAAAGAUUUUUUGUGUGUGAUGAAACUCAUUGUUUUGCUAAGAAUGUGAACUCAAGUGCAGCUCAUUGUUAGCUUCAGUAUAAAAACUGUACAGACUUGUGUAU